AUGACAACGAAAUCAGCAAUCUUCGUCAUAUUCAUCUCCUUAGUCUCGUUUGCACUAGCAAUUGAUUCUAAUGAUAGCAUUCUUGCAAUCUACUGGGGCCAGAAUGGUAAGGAGGGCACACUAGGGGAGGCUUGUGCCACAGGAAACUAUGAUUAUGUGAUCAUAGCAUUUUUGCCAUCCUUUGGCAAUGGCCAAACUCCCAUGAUUAAUCUGGGUGAUCACUGUGACCCUUAUAGUAAUGGAUGCGCUGGCUUGAGCUCAGACAUAAAAUCUUGUCAAGCCAAAGGUGCCAAGGUAUUGCUCUCUUUAGUAGGAGGUGGUGGAAGCUACUCAAAUGCAUCCACUCAGGAUGCAAGUGAACUAGCCACUUACCUUUGGAAUAACUUCUUGGGGGGACUCUCACCAUCUCGCCCUCUUGGCCCUGCUGUCCUUGAUGGCAUUGAUUUUGGCAUUGAUUAUGAUAUUGAAGGUGAUCCAAAGCAAUAUUGGCGUGAUCUUGCCAAGUUCCUUAGAGGGUAUGGCAUGGCCAACCAAGGCCAGAAAGUGUACAUAACGGUAGCCCCCCAGUGCCCAUUUCCUGAUGUUUGGAUAGGAAAUUCUCUCAUAACAGGCCUUUUUGACUUUGUUUGGUUCCCAAUUCUACAAUAA